GCAAAAACGACGAAGGAGCAUCACGAAGGUCAGCUGACAGCACGAGCAACCAAAAACAGACCGAGAUCUGAUGAUCCUGUUCAUAUGUGUGUGUUCUCUCUUCAGUGGUUGAUGCCACAGGCUUAGCCUUUCCGGCCCAUCUUUCGCAAAAGGUAGGAGCGUGUAUCGAUGCUGAACAUACAGACCCACAAACUGAUGCUGUUUGCGUCUGCUGAUCAGGCAUUAAUCGAUCUCAGAUGGCCGCCCUUCUCUCGCGCCAUGACGCCCUCUCUGCGCUCGACAGGAGCAUUCUCGGCCCUCUGGAGAGCCUCGAGGCCAGACAGAAGGACACUGAAGCGGCCCUCACAGUGAAAUACAACGUCACCAACCUGCUGACGGAGUCUGGGGCCGUGUGUGACGGCGCAUCGGCGGCCUCCGCUGAUGACCUGCUGUUGCUCAACGUGCGCGGCACUCACGUGUCGGUCCGCCGCAAACACCUGACGAGCAUCGAGGGCUCUCUACUGGCGCUGCUGUUCGGUGGCCAGUGGGACGGGCGGCUGGUACGAGAUGAGGACAGUCGCGUGUUCAUCGAUAUGGAUGGCGAGGCCUUCAAGGCCAUCCACAGGGCCAUCCUCGACGCCGAGACCCUCCGGCGUGCGGGCAAGGCGGUGGCUGUCGGCCACCUGCUGGAUGAUGCUGCCAGGGGCAGCUCCGACGACUUCUGGAUCAGACUGAUGACUGCACACAUCGACAAGGGGCCGGCAGAGAGCAAGGAGGCCUUUGUGGAGCCUCAGCUGAGUGCCACGGGCAUUCCCGCCGAGUUGGGUGAGUUGGUCAAGACGGUGGAUGCGUUUGUGAAGGCAUACGCCGCUGAGAAUGCCCAGCUACAGGGGCAGCUGGAGGCCGCCAAGAUACAAUACGAGUGGCUAGAGAGGGAGAUAAAGGUGACCGACUGACAAGACUGCAGAGGGGACGAGAUCCUGCGAGCACUGUGGCGGUGUGUGUGUUUGACCACGACAGGCCGUCACGCCGUUUCUCAAGCCGCUGGGUGGCGACGAUGCCGUUCGGUCAGUGGAGGUGUGCGGCCAGACGGUGACGACCACUAAGUGGACCCUCAACCAGAUGGGGGAUAUCACCCUCCGCCAUCGACUCGAUCUGUAAGAACGACACGCAGCCACACAUACCCACACACGCAUAUGUCGUUCGUCGUCUCGUCGUGGGUGUAGGUGGUCGCGGACACGUGCGGUUGAGGUGGUGCAGCCCGACCACAUCGGCCGUAUGGUCGAUCACUACCGCAGAAAGCGGCUCGGUGCGCCGACCGAAGACAUCGAUGCGCCGCUCAAGAUGACAAGGACGAUAGAGCAGGCCGCCUUCGACGUCAAUGCGGCCAUGUAUGGCAUUGUCAAGACCGACAUUGGCGCCACAACCCAGGCCCCAGCCCACACCAGGUGAGUAGUGAACACCACUCACAGUAUCCAGCCCCCAUCGUCAGUUCGUGUGUUUGUUCGUUCCUUCAUUGUCAGUGUUGGCGGUGUCCCUCCAAGCGUGUCGCCAUGGGGAUGGCUGAAGGGACGUUGGUGGCUGGUGGCACUCGUGUGUGUGGGCAUCCUCGUGGUCAUGAUGGGUGCGGCCGUCGACACCAACAGCGGUGCGGCCGUGUGCCGCCAGGCCGUCUCCCAGCCAGCAGCUGUCGGCCAGGGACCUGCUGAUGUGUUCGUUCGCUUGCCGUCGGGUGUGUUCUAUCGAGUGGUGCGGCCGGGCCGUGGACCCAAACCCACACGUGAUCAGAGCGUCAAGUACGACCACAUCAUGUGGUAUGACGACUUCGACGGACAAGAUAAGAGUGGCGAGGGUCGUGGGCGGGAGUAUCUUGUCUCUAAUUGUCCUGAGUGGGCCCAGGAGAUGAUCACUGACAUGCCUGUGGGUGAACUGCGGUGGGUCAGCGUGCCAGCCGGCAUGAGUGUCACUGGACAGGAGAAAUACAUCGAAUAUAGGCUGUACGUCGAGUUCAGGCUUUUGAUCAUACUGUGAGGACUGCCUCCUGGUCUAGUGUGUCGGCUGUGUGUG